AUGGAUACAGCGCAAACUAUUACUGGAAUGAGUCUGCUUCAUAAUUUAUCUACUAGCAGCAAAGGAAAGCUCAAAUGGACAGCCGAUUUUGAGGCUCUACAAAGAUUUGUCGCAGAAGUCUUGGUUUUGUCAGACGGCGAAUGGACCACGCCGGGAGGACACGCAAAGCUUUACCAAAAUGAAAGCAUCUCUAUCCGCUGGUAUUCUGAUACCGAAUCGAUCACGAUUAGUGGUAAAGACGAAAAGGAAUUCAAGGAGAAGCUGUUGAAAUUAGCCUCAAUUUCAGCGGGUUUAGCUAACGACGAGGACAAGCUCGUGGAUGUUGUUGAGAAAAACAGGUCAGUCAGCCAUAACGACAAUAAAUCCCACCCAAAUAAUGACCUAGACGAUUCCCAAGAGACUUAUCUUAAAAUCCUUAACUGCCAGUUACAAGCUAAACUACAAGCCUUAUCCGAUCAAUUUGUAUCGAGCAUGACAUACAUAAAUAGGACGUUAUCAGAUCACUCUAACCAGCUUAAAGAACUCAGAAUUGCUGACAAGGAAAGUGAAUUUUCUGCACUUAUAAAGGAAAAUAGCGAUUUAAAAGACACGAACAAUGAUUUGAAAAAUGAGAACAAAUCUUUACACGAAAGGUUAAACAAUCUGAGUUAUAUAUUAGCUGACCUACAAGGAAAGGUCAAAUCUACAGAAGAGGAGAAAGCUAGCUUAAUUACAGCCAUUAGGUUACUAAAUAACAAAUCGGACAUUAACUCGCCAAGUAACACGAGUGCGGAAGGUAAUGUGGAGGUAAUCAAUCAUGAUAUUAUUGAACCAGGCUCCGCUGUAAAUGCCCUACUAACUGACAACGUAAAUAUCAGCAACCAAGAUACACUGAAGCGAAAAUACAAGUCAAAAAAAUCGAAUAAGAAAUCUAAGACGUCUGAGAAGCAAAGCCAAGACGAACAACGGUGUAUAACUGAUUCACCUGCUAAAACCACUCAAACCUCUCAACCGAUUAACGAGGUGAGUAAUGUAAAUAAAAAUACAACUAGUUCUCCUAAAAGCAUCCAAUCUCCAAGCAAAAAGGUCACGGUAGUUGCUGGAGAUUCUAUAUUGAAGCAUGUAGAAGGAUGGCGUCUAUCGAACGCGAGUAACCAUGCGGUAGUCAAGAGUUUCUCAGGAGCUACAACUUCUGAUAUGGAAGACUAUUUAAGACCAGUGCUCCGAAAGGAGCCGAACAAAAUAAUUUUACAUAUAGGUACGAACGAUAUAAACUAUCAAACUGCCCAAACGGUAGCAGAGGGAGUAUUAAAUCUAGGCAUACAAAUUACUCAAGACUCGCCUACAACAGAUAUAGUGAUCUCUGGGAUACUUCCAAGAACCGAUAAACCAAAUUUGAUGUCCAAGGUGAAUCAGGCAAACAGAUUAAUAAAAGCAUUUUGUAUUGAAAAGAACUGGGCAUUCCUAGAUCAUGAGUCUUUCAACUCAACUUGCUUGAACUCUCGAGGACUACAUUUAAAUCGAAAAGGAACUAGUAUAUUAGCCAGAAAUAUAUCUAAGUAUAUUAGUACUGAUUAG